AUGCGCCGCUGUGCGGCUGCUGGUUGGGCUCGAGAGAAAGCCCGUAAGGUACAACGGAACGAGUGAGUUCCGUAAGAACGAUCGGUGAGAGCCCUCUUCCAUUGUAUAUGCCUGAUCGAAACCGACAGGGCAACGGGCUCGUGGCCCAGUGGUUAGAGGCGUGGACUUCUAACUAACAGGUCGUGAGUUCGAGCGUCAGCGUCCUUAACAGAUGGAAAAAGGCAACCAGAUAACAUUAACAUAAAAGACUUUGAGCGACAGUAAGAUGAACACCGUUUCCAUCAUCAGCGCGAAUACUACUACUACUACUACUACUACUACUACUACUACUACUUCUACUACUACUACUACUACUACUACUACUACUACUACUACUACUACUACCACCACCACUACAACUACUACUACUACUACUACUACUACUACUACUACUACUACUACUACUACUACUACUACUACUACUACUACUACUACUACUACUACUACUACUACUACUACGACUACUACUACUACUAA